AACUCAAUAUAUUAAAUCAAUUUUUAUCUCGUGAAAUUGAAUUUCGGCGAAAUGAGUGAAAACAAAGCGGUGUCGGAAAAAGAGCUUUUGGACGCGAUAAAAAAUCUUUUGAGAAAAGGCGGUCACCUGAAUAAAUUUCAAGCAGAGAUGAGAGCCAAAGUAACCGAAAUCCUUCAGAAUAGACAAGUAGCUCUCAACCCCAAUUAUAAAAACACGGGCGCGCCAAAACUAUCAGAUGAAGUGUUGCUUAUCAACGAAUUGAUUCGAGAAUAUCUCGAAUGGAAUGGAUACUUAUAUACCGCAUCUGUUAUGAGUUCAGAGGCUGGAAUGUCGCCUGUGAAGCGUCCUCGAAGAGAGUUAUGUGCGGAAGUAGGGGUCAAGGAUGAUGAGAAAUCGUCAACGUUACCCUUACUAUCAAAUAUCAUAGCGGCAUAUACUGAGAGAAUCAAACGGAAAAUCAAUAGGAUGAAAAAAGUUACGCAAUAGUUGCGUUAUUACAAUUGUUUACGAAAAAAUUCUAUUCUUUUGAUAUACCUGAAUGCGAAUUAAAAUAUAUGGCUAUAUUUCUGUGACUAUAAUUAUUGACACUA